CACACACACACAUAUGAGUAUAUAUAUAUAUAUAUAUAUACACAAAUGAAAGUUAAGAGUCUUUAUCUUACAGUAAUAUUAUUCUUCAAAUCCUUACCUUUACAUGGCCGAUGACCAUGAUCCCAAGAUUCUGCCCAGCAACGUGUCCCAAUUAGACCAACCUGAUCAUCACGAUCCCCACUCCCAAACUGCUCUUCCCAACAUUCCCACGUGCGAAAUCCCUGAUCCCUCCAAAUUCACCAACAUGGCAUCCUCAAGCUCCACCCGCAAACACCCAAUGUACAGGGGAAUCCGGCGCCGGAGCGAUAAAUGGGUGUCGGAGAUCCGGGAGCCACGUAAAACGACGCGCAUAUGGCUUGGCACGUACCCAUCUCCUGAGAUGGCAGCCGCCGCUUACGACGUGGCGGCUUUGGCCCUUAAAGGUGGCGAUGCGGUGCUCAACUUCCCGGCCUUGGUUGGAACAUACCCUGUGCCUAAAUCCACAUCCCCUGCGGAUAUACGCGAUGCAGCUACAGCCGCAGCUGCCCUCAAGAAACCACCAACGGCGGGUGAUGAUCCAGCGCCAGAUCAUCAUCAGUACAAAGGAGAGUUCAUUGAUGAAGAAGAGCUGCUGAACAUGCCCAAUUUGCUAGUUGACAUGGCAGAGGGAAUGAUGGUCUCCCCGCCCAGGAUAAGCUUUCCGCCGUCUGAUGAUUCGCAGGAGAAUUUUGAUCACGGAGAAAGCCUCUGGAGCUAUUUUUAUUAACAAGUAUCUUAGAUUUUAUGGUGUGAAAAAGGAUAUUGCAGCCUCUAAUCUUUCUAAAAAGAUGGCUGCAAUCCUUGUUCGUUUUUUUUAUUUUCAAACUUUUGU